GUCUUACGUUGGUGGUACCAGGCUGCCCGCUGGGAUGCCGUGGGCUGUGGGCCGGCGGUGGGCAUGGAUCACCCUGUUUCUGACUAUUGUGGCGGUGCUGAUCCAGGCGGUCUGGCUGUGGCUGGGUACUCAGAGCUUCGUCUUCCAGAGAGAAGAGAUAGCUCAGCUUGCUCGACAGUACGCAGGGCUGGACCAUGAGCUGGCCUUCUCUCGGCUGAUCGUGGAGCUGCGGAGGCUGCACCCAGGCCACGUGCUGCCGGAUGAGGAGCUGCAGUGGGUGUUUGUGAACGCGGGCGGCUGGAUGGGCGCCAUGUGUCUUUUGCACGCCUCGCUGUCUGAGUACGUGCUGCUCUUCGGCACCGCCCUGGGCUCCCAUGGCCAUUCGGGACGAUACUGGGCUGAGAUUUCAGAUACCAUCAUCUCUGGCACUUUCCACCAGUGGAGAGAGGGCACCACAAAAAGUGAGGUCUAUUACCCAGGAGAGACGGUUGUCCAUGGACCUGGAGAGGCAACAGCUGUGGAGUGGGGACCAAACACGUGGAUGGUGGAGUAUGGCCGGGGUGUUAUUCCGUCUACCCUGGCAUUUGCACUUAGUGACACUAUUUUCAGCACCCAGGACUUCCUCACCCUCUUCUAUACCCUUCGCGCCUAUGCCCGGGGCCUCCGGCUUGAGCUCACCACCUACCUCUUUGGCCAAGACCCCUGACCAGACAGGCUGAAGGAAGACCUGCGAGUGGACAGGAGCGGGCAGGACCACAUCCAUUUCUCUACUCGCUGGGACUCAUGUUCACUGACAGCAGCAUAUACCAUGCAGAUAAUUAAGUUCCUGCUGUGUGAGGAAGGACAUACAUACACAUACAUCCAGACACAGCUCUUGGGGAGCAAUGAGACGCAGAGAUGCUAAGACUUGUAUGUACUGUAAGAUCAUGCACUCACCUCCAUCCAGAGAGGGUCCCCGACGUAUACUCCAGGGGGGCGCCCAGUCAUGUUUGAACACAUACCACGAGCUUGACUCACCUGACUCAGGCUUUUCCAGAGCCUCCUGCUGGCAUUCGGGGCUCUGAGAUAGAGGAUUGGGGUAGAUGACACAGUCUGCCUCGCUCUGAUGCCGCAUUCCAGUAGUGAUCUCUGGUGAAGGAAAAGAGGAGCUGCCCUUCGGAGGUCCCGUUCGCCUGCAGCUGUGAUGCCCUUCCCUCCAUCCCUUUCCUCACCAUAUGCCUUAUCUCCAUUCCAGUCCCCUGCUAUGCAAGUGUCCCUGUGGCUUGUCCUCCAUGCCCCCAGCGACCAGCUGGGAAAGCAGAGGAAUGUAGAGGAAGCUGAAGGGAAGGGAGGUUCUCCACCAUGGAGACCCUCAGGGUUACAAUGGGAAAGCUGGCUGAUGCCUGGGGCCAGUUCCCAAAGAGAGGACCUGGGGAAGUGAGCCUGGCUCCGAGAAGCCACCCCAUUCCAAAAGAAGCCUUUAGUGUAUGUGUGCACACCUUGUCGGUCUCCAGACAUUUCUGUUGCAUUCUCUGUCUUCCUGUCUCUCUCUGUUAAUAAAAACAGAUCAAACAGU